AUGACAGCAAGCUCUUCCUCAACCAUCGCAUUCUGCGACUUUCAGCAUACCUGGCUGUCUGAAGGCCCACUACUGAAUCAAUUGGAUAUCCGCAGCAAACCACUAGAUCCAAGGGCUCCUGUCGACCUUGUCCGGCUGUCUCAAAUUGGCGGACACGACAUCACGUUCAGCGGUGAUGGGAAGAUCUUCUGGCUACUGGGCUCGUCACUCAACUUUGCUGAUGUCCGCCAGCUCAUCAAGAAUUGCUACGCCGUGUCCUUGGAAUCCAGAGAUUCUGGUUUCUGUGCGCAACCUCAUGUUCGCUCACUCGAGCUUAACGUCACAUAUGAGACGGCUUUAAGCCGGCAAGCAUCUGAGACCGGUGGCAAAAUAUUCCCCGUCACCGACGCUACGCUUGUUGCUAUGAGCGAUCGGCUCCCGCGCGUCCUUCAAUACGGCACUAUGAUCAUUCGGAAUGGUCAGAUUUAG